UAUAAUAUAGUAUAGAUAAUUGAUCUAAAAAGCAAAAAUUGAAGCACCAUUUGUUGUCGUUGAGCUGAGCUUGUGGAACAGAGUUAGGGCUCACUCCCUCCAUCCAUCCAUCCAUCCAUCAAUCAAUCAAUCAAUCUCUUCUUGUUAGCUGUUUGAAAACCCUAAACCCUAGAUUCAGUUGUGUAUUUAAUUUAUAUUUAAGGAUGAGCAGCAGCAGGAGGGAAGAGGAGCGAAAUGAAAAGAUUAUUAGGGGUUUAAUGAAGCUUCCCCCCAAUCGAAGAUGCAUCAACUGCAACUCUUUGGGACCUCAAUAUGUGUGCACGAAUUUCUGGACGUUUGUCUGCAUGACAUGUAGUGGGAUACACCGUGAGUUUACUCACCGUGUUAAAUCCGUAUCAAUGUCUAAAUUUACUUCACAAGAAGUUGAAGCCCUUCAAGAAGGCGGUAAUCAGCGUGCAAGAGAAACAUUUCUUAGAGAUUGGGAUCCACGCGAACAGAGACUUCCGGAUAACAGCAAUGUAGACAAAGUUCGAGAUUUCAUAAAGAGUGUAUAUGUGGAUAAGAAUUUUUUCGCUUCAAAGACGUCUGGAAAACCUCCUAGAGAUAUGCUGAAUCAUAGAAAUUUUGAGGAUGAAACAAGACGGGCUAGUUCGUAUCAUUCUUACUCUCAAAGUCCGCCAUAUGAUUAUCAAUACGAAGAGCGUCGUUACGGAAAACAAGCACCUGUACUCACGAAAAAACCUGGAUCCGACAGAGGAAUGUUCCGGUUUCCUAGUACAAGUCGAUUAAGUGAUCAUGUGCAGGAAGACCGGUUUGCAAAGGAGGCGGUUAACGCUAGAGUUUCAGAUUAUUCAGUGACUAGCGGGGGUGAUUUAUCGAGAUCUAAUUCACAACCACCUCCCUCUUUUGCAUUGUCACACUCGUCAGGAUCUGAAAAGUUUGAUGGUUUGGACCUUUUUAGUGCGUCGAAUGCACCUCAAUCUGCCACAUCAGCACCUUCUGCUGAACCCGAAAAGUACGGCGGUCUCGACCUUUUUAGUGCGCCGAAUGCACCUCAAUCCGCCGCAUCAGCACCGUCUGCCGAACCCGAAAAGUACGGCGGUCUCGACCUUUUUAGUGCACCGAAUGCACCUCAAUCCGCCACAUCAGCACCGUCUGCCGAACCCGAAAAGUUUGGUGGUCUGGACCUUUUUACUGCACCAGAUCCACCUCAAUCCGCCACAUCAGCACCGUCUGCCGAACCCGAAAAGUACGGCGGUCUUGACCUUUUUAGUGCACCGAAUGCACCUCAAUCCGCCACAUCAGCACCGUCUGCCGAACCCGAAAAGUUUGGUGGUCUGGACCUUUUUACUGCACCAGAUCCACCUCAAUCCGCCACAUCAGCACCUUCUGCAGAACCCGAAAAGUUUGGUGGUCUGGACCUUUUUGGUGCACCGAAUCCACCUGAACCCGCCACAUCAGCACCUUCCGCCGAACCCGAAAAGUUUAGUGGUUUGGAUCUAUUUGAGUUAUUGGCUACAUCUUCUGUUGCACCGACUUUGAGCGUGAAUCAGGAGUUCAAAGCUUUUGAACCUAAUAUGGAUUUAUUUACCGUUAUACCCGAUAAGCAGCCGACUGAAACAUUAAACGAUAAAUCCACGGAUAUGAUCACUCAGAAAAACGAUGCGUGGGCUACCUUUGACAUGCCUUGGCAUGCACAGCCUAGUCAGCAAGAUAUUAGUGUUCAUGAUAUUGCGGCUCCAGUAAAUGUACAGAAUAAUAUUCGUAAUCAUAAUCAGUCAUGGAGCUCGUUUGAAGAAUCUACGACACCGUUCGAGAGCGUUUAUACAAAGAGUGGUGAACAAGUUCCUGUACAAGAUCCCUUACUUGCUGAUCCAUUUUUGGCAUGGGGAAUAUCAGAGAAUUAUAAGGUGAAAGAAGCUGAUUUGGAUGCUAGAUCUACUCCUUUUGUUAGCACAACACCGCAUGCGAUUGGACCGUUUGACUCUUCAACUGAAAUCCCGGUCCUGGACGGAGCACAAUCACAUGGGCCUAAUACAAAAUCUCACAAUCCGUUCGAUUUUCCUAGCGAUACGGAUUAUGAAUCUAGCAACAUGUUCUUUGACAUGAGCUCUAUGCAAUCUGCUUUGCCGACACCUUGGUUUCCUGAUAGUGCAGCAAUACCAUUUGCUCCUGGUAAUUCACAAGAGGCCUUAGUAUUCAUGACAGGGCAAGCACCAAGCAUGCAGAUUCCGAAUAUUCAAGCUCAGGGUCCUGUGGCUUCAGUUGGUGGUAAUCCGUUUGGGUAGGACCGGUAAUUCGUUUGUGGAUACCGUCUAACAUGACUUUGUUAAAUUAUUAGUGUCUGUAUUCCUUGUAAAAUAAGCUCUGUUUGCAUUUAAUCGUAUUCGGUAUCCCUAGAAUUCUGUGGCUUGAAGUUUUAGGUACGUUAGUGGCCUCGCUGGAACUAUAAAUUAUGAUAAAGUAUGUUCAUGGUUCCCUAAAAGUUGUUAGCCUAUGGGCGGAACUAGAGGGUUCGUGAACUCAUGGAUAUCUAAUGUGGUCGUUUUCUUGUACUUUCCCACUGGUUGGACAAUUUGACCGGCUCUGUACAUUGGGACUUUGCGAUCUGCUGGCAGGCGGAAUGUAUAAACUUUAAGGAAUGUCAUCCUUUAGCGAUCCUGCUGAGUGGUGGGUGACUCACGAAUGAGCUGGCUCGGUGAGUUUUACCGAUGGGUCUUUGGCUCGAAUGGGACAAGCUUUGAACAUGAUAUUGUUAUGGUUUUGUAAAAGUUUACAGAAAUAUAUGAUUAGUUAAGCCAUAAGACGGUGAAGGAUUAAGUCCGAGCUCUUCAGACGACCUCCGCCACUAUAAGUUAUGAUUGGAAAUCUAGAACUUAGAUAUGCAACUGAUGUUUUAUUUGAAAGUUUGUUAUAUCAUUUUAGCUUUUUCUCUUAAUAUGCAGAACUGUAAUUUGUUAUACGCACCUUUGUAUAGACACAACACAUCGAAGGAUUGAUUGCGAUUGUGUUUUUAAUUGGUA